AUGUUCGCUCCAGUGUUCAGCUCAUGGAAUCUGGGCCAAGAACAGCAACGCCUGGAGGAUCCUUCAGGCUAACCUGCAUUAUUAGUGGUUAUUCUGUUAGCAGCAGCUGGUGGGACUGGAUCCGCCAAUCUCCAGGGAAAGGACUGGAAUGGCUUGGAGAAAUAGAUUGGGAUGGCUCUAAAUGGCGAAUAGACUAUGCCCCAUCUCUUCAAGGACGGAUCACACUCUCUGCAGAUGCCUCCAGCAAUGAGUAUUACCUUGAACUGAGGUCCCUGACAGCUGCAGACACAGCCACAUAUUACUGUGCCCGAAGACCACAGUGAGACAAAGCAAAGGAGAACUGUACAAAAAGGGGAAGGCGUUUGCUGCAGACUUUUUGCUUUUCAUUUUUUUAAAGCAAUCCAUCAUCUUUAGGCUAUUUCUGUGAUGAAUGGCCCUCUUCGAAAAGUGCAGUCUAUUUUUUAAAAUAUUUUUUUAUAUAGUAUUUAUUGAUUUUACAAAAAGAUACAAAAAUCGAAAAGUGCAGUCUAGAUUGGAAGGUUCAGAAACUCAAGCAAGACCAAUAUCCAUAAAAAUACACAAGAAACUUUAUUAAAAACAAAACUCUGUAAAAGGAAAAGCUUCGAACAAUUACACAAAUUAAGAGGCUAAAAAAUAACGAAACUAUCUUAUCUACCUAGCCUACAGAAACACUUAAGCAUAAAUCUUAGCAGGCUGAGCAACAAGCAAAAUACCCUCUAAAGUCCGAACAGGUGCUGACCGUCCAUGUUAAGAUUUCUGUAUGCUCACCCCAACCAAGGUUUUAAGAAAACACUGACUAUGGCUGUUCAACCCUUCCACCCAAUGAAAUCAGCACCUUCUCCAAUUAUGUAUCUUUGAUUACUAUCUGACAUUGGCCUUGAGGCCUUAAUGAGAGGCAUCUGUGUUUAGGCUCAUUAUUCCAGGAAUCCUAACAAAUUCUCAUACGACCCGCACAAUAAUCUUAAAGGGACUAUUUCACCACAAUUUCACACAUGAAUACUGAGAACAUACCAUAACAGACUCUCUCAUUUGUUAACAUUGGCCGAGGUGGCCAUUUUGGUAGCUCCCCAAUUUUGUUUUUAUUUUUUGCGGGGAGGGAUGGCCUGGGAGAUGGUAUUCUUUGUGGCAUCCCCUAAACUAUGAAAAUGUCUUUACACAGACAUGUGUCUGGCACCUUCAUUAUACACUUUUCAUCAUGUGCCAAAGAUGCACCUCUUUACCUUGUCCUCUAAAACCUGAGACACAUGCGUUUUAAGACCUACUCUAUUCUUCUUACAGAAUCAAGGACUUAUAGAGUUGGAAGGGACAAUAAGGGUCAUCUAGUCCUAGCCCAUUCAAUGCAGGGUAAUUUUUAAAAAAUAGUUAAAUAGUUAUUUGUUUCAAACUGGAUUUUAAUGCUGCUAUUUUAAAUUGUUAGGACAUGCCCUGGGACCUUGAGGUGAAUAGCAGGUGAUAAAUGAAAAUCACCAUUAAUGUUUGGCACGCAUGAGUGAAUGAGCCAUUACAGCUCUGACACUUAAAAGAAAAAGGUUAAUCUUAAUGUGCUGCACGUUGCACUUCUAGGCCCCCAAGGCCUUCCCCUGAAAAUAACUUCACACUGGCAUGUAAUUUUAGUUUAAGUAAGUUUAAGUUAUUGGGCAAAAUUUAGGCCACAACUUUAUUGAUUACAGCAAAGUGAGCGGUGUUGGCUUAGGCAUUGGCAACAGACUAUAACUGACUCCUGCCUCUUUGGCUGGUAGUCUGAAAGGGUAAACAUCAAACGAGGGAGCAACAUCGAUGGUGACUGACCAAAGCUCACCCCGGGGCUCCUGUGGUCCUGGCAUGGCCCUAGCCCCUCAAGCAGACUUCGGACAAGAUCCAGGACCCCUAGAUUCCUUUACCAGACUACCCUAUUCCUGGAGGAGCAGGUGAUGGCUGCAACUCCCAUCCCCCACUGUCAGGGAGGAUUCUGAGGAGCAAUGGACAGAAGAGAAAGACAGGGAGAUGACCCGGGAGGCAGUCAGGGAGAACAGGGGCUUAGAGAUGCUGGAGAGCCCUGCAACAACCCAGAGACAGAGGAAGAGGAAGAGAGGGCGGAGAGUAGCCAUGGAGAGCAGGGGCUCAGGGAUGCUGGAGAGCCUUGCAACCAUCCAGAGGCUUGGGAAGGAAGCUCAGACUCAGGAAGGGAGGGGCCUUUCAAAUCAGCACAGACAAGGAGGGAAGUGAAACGUAAGGAUCAAAGACAUCUCACGCGAUUCCCACGUCUACUUUGUUGGUACGAGGAUUGUAGGAAGUCGCUCCCUGAAUCUGACUCAACGGGUUUGGAUGCGUAAUUCUGAACUGUAGCUGUUCUUGUAUAUAUGUAAUAAAGACUGUAAAUAUCACACUGAUUGUGCUGGAGUGUUACUAGGAAGGGGAAAACCACUUUUACACCCAUAUUUCAAUAAGCCAAUGCCUAACCGCCAAAUCUUACAAAGUUGUGACGAUUGCUAAGGGGUAAGCAAACCAAGUGGCUACAGCCAAUCUGCCAAAUGGAAAAAAUUCUUACCCAGCCCCUGUUCCAAAACAGGCGACCCAAUCCAAAGCAAGGCCAAAGCAGCACUACCUAAAAUUAGGAAAGGAAGGCAGGUGUUCGGCAGCACGAAGCAAGUGCCCCCAGUUACAUCACGCUGCCGCUUUUAUAGGCCCCAGGAAUCGCACCAACUGCCCCAAUUGGCCCAAACAGCCUUGCACGAUAUUCAUUUUAGAUUUUACCGUUUACAGGAUCUGGGCAUUGAAAAUUCAGCAUAUUUGUUCCACUGGUAGCUAAGCAGAGAGAGAGAGAAACUUAUUUUCUGCUAAAGAAAGGCAAUUGAAGGUGGGUAUCAGAAGCAAGCUAGAGUGAGCCAGGAAUAAAUCACACAGAGUAAGCGAAGAUAACUCUUUAUUAGAAGAAACAGGAUCUGCUCAGGAGUGUCAGGCCUAAUGAGCACAGCAACUAUUCUUCAAUAGAUCUUGCCCCUGUGAGGCAGUUGUGAAGACGGAAGGCUUUAUCACAGCUUCCUAAGUCUCAUCCUCUCCCGCGUCUUUCCCAAGCAAUCUGAGACUACGCUGGUGUGCUUGCCUUUGCUCCUCCUGCUUCGUACUUCUCCUGGUCCUAUGAGACCUGGGGAGUGGGAGCUUUUUGCAGCUCCAUAGAAAUUACCAAUUACACAGAGGCAUAGCUAGGGAGCGUGGCAGAGGGGCACACUGGGUGCCACUUCGCAGGGGUGGCACUUAACGCAAGGCCUGGCCUGUGGCAUGCCUGAGCCACAUGUCUCUUCUGGGAGUGACGCAGCGGCUUAGGCACCUGCAGGCUCCAUGCUGCCCAAAGCUUCAGUGUGGGGCAUGCAUCUGCCCACUGCCUCCCCCUCAGUUGUAGGGCGGCUGAGGGGGAGGCAGCGGGCAGACUGCAUGCAAGCUCCGUGCUGCCCAACAUGGCAUCGUGGGGCUUGCAUCUGCCUGCCGCUUUCCCCUCAGCUGCCUUGCAGCUGAGGAGGAGGCGGCAGGCGGACUCCAUGAAGGCUCCGUGUAGCAUGCCGUCCGCUCAGAGUUCCCUAUCAUGCCCUGCCUGGCUCCGGCAGUGAGGGCUGGGUGAGUGUGAAGGGUGAAGAUCAUGCUCUGUGUCCCACCCCUGUUCUUCACCCCCUAUGCCCUGCCUGUGAGCGUCUACCCAGCAGUGUCAGUGGCAAAGUUGGAAGAACGCACUCUGCCCCGGCCCAAGCUGCUGGUGAAUGGCACUACGCCCCUGAGUAGCACAGAGGGCAUCAUGCAAAUGGUGUGGCCUUCGUUAUGCCUUUUAAAUGGGGGACCAUAUGCAAAGAGUCUCAUGGAGUACUUGAUAAAGCCUCUUUCUGCUGUGGGUUCAUCUUGUUUUUCACCCUUGGCCUUUUGAGUCAUUCUUUUCCCAGAGAAGUCAUUUAAAAAGACAGGACAGGAGGAAGAGACAGAGAAAAAAGAUGAUUUUACUACACCUACUUUUCAUUCUAUCAGCUUUGGGAGGUAUGCUUCUUUGUACAUUCUACAAGCAAAAUAUAUUCUGGAGAUUGGCAAAUAGUUCCGGAAUGUAUUUGAGGAUGGGGAAUUGAACAGCUGCUCCUUGUCGUAAUUUAAGCAUUUAUUUAUUUUUAAUCUGUUACUCUCCUGCUUUAAUGCCCCCUUUUCAGGAGCCUAUUCUCAGAUGACUCUCACUCAGUCAGGUCUAGAAAUCAAAAGGCCUGGAGACUCGGUGAAGAUCAAGUGCACUGUGAAUGGCUUGAAUGCUGCUAUGGAAACUUUUUACAUGGAUUGGCUCAGGCAGGCACCCGGAAAGACGUUCGAAGGGUUGUCUCGGUUCAGGAUACCAGGAAAAGAAGCUCAGUCUUCUGCAUUCCGAGGUCGGUUCACAGCCUACAAAGACAUAAACAGCUUCUACCUGGAGAUGAACAACCUGAGAGAAGAGGACACUGCCAUGUAUUACUGUACUAAAGACGGCGCACAGUGAGAGAAAACCCUUCUGGGCUCAUGUCAAAAACCUUCUGUAGUGUAGCCACAGAAAAAUAUUGCCUGGCGGCGGCGCUCAUGUUCCAUUUUCAUGCGCAAUUGAACGCAAGGGUUAAGCAGUAGAAACCAUAACCGGAAGAGAUGGUAGAGAGAGAAAUCUCCUUUUUCACAGGAAGCAGAUGUCUGGGUUCUCCCUAUCCAAAGGAAGAACUGUUUCAAGGCAUGAAGAAGAGAAUCCUUUAAAAUAGAAAAUUAUUCAAAUGCAUAUUUAUACUUUUAUUUUAAUAUUUAUAUACAUUCUUAUUUCCCACGCCCUCUAAAUAUUUAUUUCAUUAUAUUUAAAGCUCCGAGACACACAUUAAUGUGAAAGCUAUUGGAUAGUUCAGUUCUAAUCUGCAAAUUAAGGCUAGACAUGCAGAUCAUGAUAUUCAUUUUGGGAAUUUGCCAUGGGUUUGGUCCAGUGAAUGGGGAUUUGAAGCUGAUUGUGUCUCUACUGUAUGUGUAGCAUCCAUAUUAUUUCCUCCUCCCACAAGUGGAAUCCUGUACACACACACCCAAAUUAGGAUUUCUCUGAUCGGCAAAUAACCAGAUAAGGGAAGAUAAAUAAACAAACUUGUAUAUUACUUGUCCGAAGAUGCACAUUUGUGUGUGUGUGUGUGUUUCUUACAUAUGUGGUGAAGUUUCCCUGGGUGCCAUCUAACCUUAUUUCCGUUCUGUUUGUGUCAGCCCAAAGCAAAGAAUGAAACUGGUUGUUGCUAAGGCAAAUCUCCCCUCUUCCCCCUUAAAAUAGUUCUUUUCAUAGAAUCACAGAAUUGUAGAUUUGGAAGUUACCCCAAGGGUCAUCUAGUCCAACCCCCUGCAAUGCAGGAAUUUCGACUAAAGCAUCCAUGACAUGUGGCCAUCCAACCUCUGCUUGAAAAUUUCCAAUAAAAAAGGUCCAGCACCUUCCAAGGGAGUCCAUUCCACUGUCAAUCAACUCUUACAACCAGAAAGUUCUUCCUGAUGCUUACUCAGAAGCUCCUUGUAACUUGAAUCCAUUGGCUUGGGCUACGCUCCAGAACAGGAGAGAACAAGCUUGCUCCAUCUUCCAUGUGACAGCCUUUAGAUCAGAGCUUUCCAAACAUUUCAUGUUGGUGACACACUUUUUAGGCAUGCAUCAUUUCACCUAUUGCGUAAGUUCUUAUUUGUUCAUUGCUUAAUAUUGGUAACACUUAUGAUCUUAUGCAAAUGAUUUCCUGGUGUGCUCUUUAUUAAAAAGAAGCCACAUGUAGAUGUCUUCAAAUACGGAUGCCGUAUUUGAUGUCUAUGAUCUAAUUCAUCUCCACUUCAAGUCUGUGGGAGUGUUUGCCAUCAAGUGAAGACAUGGAACUGAAGUUUCUGAUAAGCUUCUUGAUGGUAUAUCCAGCAUGUGAGAAAAUCUUCCAUUUCCCCCUUCAUAUGGGCCAUCUGGCACUUUCCUGUGUAAUAUUUUUCAUAUAUUUUUUCCUCCCCAUAUUUUCUUUCUGAUACAGUGGUACCUCGCAAGACGAAUGCCUCGCAAGACGAAAAAUGCGCAAGACGAAAGAGUUUUCCGUUUUUUGAGUCGUUCCGCAAGACAAAUUUCCCUAUGGGCUUGCUUCGCAAGACGAAACGUCUUGCGAGUUCUUGCGAGUUUGUUUCCUUUUUCUUAAAGCCGCUAAGCAGUUAAUAGCCACUAAGCCGCUAAGCCGCUAAUAGCCGUGCUUCGCAAGACGAAAAAACCGCAAGAUGAAGAGACUCGCAGAACGGAUUAAUUUUGUCUUGCGAGGCACCACUGUACAGGUAUUUCAUCCCAGAUUACUCUUACAGAGACCGGUGAUUGCCUUAAGAUGCCAAGAGACACUCUGAGACUGACUUGUACAGUGUCUGGAUUUUCUCUAACAAGUUACCAGGUGCACUGGAUCCGAAAACCCUUGGGAAAGGGGCUGGAGUGGAUGGGAAUGAUGUGGAGAAAUGGAAACGCUACCUAUAACAGUGCUCUCUCAAACCGCAUUACCAUUACAAGAGACACCUCAAAAAGCCAGGUGACCCUGCAACUUAUGGCCUGAAGCCCAAAGAAGCAGGAAGGUAUUAUUGUGGAAGAGAACCACGCUAUGAGGAAAAUGUUGUAAGUGGCAGUACAAGAAGCAUGCGCUUCUCUUUCAUGGGCUUGCGAACAACACUUGGAAAGCAAUUCAUUAUACAUCCCAUCUGUUUCCACAGUGACAAAUUCAAGAUGUCCCACACCAUCCAAGCACCACUUUGCCAUUCUGUGUGACAAGCUAGAAUUGCAAAUAAAGAACUGCAGACUGGGCUCCUCGCCAUAUUUUCAAAUGAAUCUCUGAACUCAGGGGUGGGGUAUCUCAUGCUUAUGGGGAGGGACCAAGAACCUUCCUGCUUCCUUCCCCAAGCACACUUGACUUUGGGAAGGUGAUGCACAGAAUCCUAGGAGGCAAGAGGGCUCCAGGAUCCUGUUAGAGUCUCAUGCCUCCUUCCCCAAGCUCACUAAGAGCUUACCCAACUUAGGAAUGGAGGCAGGAGGGCUCUGAGAGUGUCCGAGAGCUCUCCCACCUCCUUCCCCAAACCCAGAAAGUGCUUGCCCAUAUUUGGCAAGGAGACCAGAAGGCUCCAGUUCUCCUGCCACCUUCCCAAUGUUGCUGCCUCUGUGGGAGCUGCUGCCAUAGUUCCCAUGCAAUUGGGGUGCCCUGGAACAAAGGCAGAGCCCCAGGCGCCUUCAAAGAAAGCUGGGUCGUCUUUCUUAAAACAGGGCAAUUGGAAGGUAUGCCAUUUCCCAUAAUAGAUUAUCCGUGGAAACUAACAAUAAGUUAUGAAACAUUAUGUUUGGUGAUUAAAUGGCUUCUCAGUGCCAUAAUUUAAGGAUUUUCUCUUGCUCCUUCAGAGGCCUACGCUCAGGUUAUACUUACCCAGUCAAGUUUGAAUAUCAAAAGACCUGAAGAAUCUGCUGAAGAAUCCUGCUCAAAUUCACUGUGAAUGGUUUUGAAAUAAAAAGCAAUUAUGAUGCUUACUCUCCCACAAUUCAAAUGUGAUACUCUCCUCCAAAGACAGCUCCAGCUUCUACCUGCAAUGAAAACUCACACUUUACACUCUGGGUGCCCUUUGCGGGAUUCUGUAUGUUGCUUCGGACCCCAGGGAACUUACUGGUUGUAUGGGCUGGCCUCCCUCUGAGUGUUAUUAUUUGGAGGUUCAUGCCCAGCCUCAGUUAGUCAAUUUACACUGCUGGGAGGUGGGGCCAGUGGCAUAAAUAGAGGGUGGAGCCAGCAGUAGCCAGGCAGUCGGCUCAGGAGCUUCACCCACCCAACCCUCCCUUUGUUUAAUGUUUCUUGUUUGCAGGUUAACAGUUUUCUUCCUGUUUAGUGGGCGCUGCUACAGUCUUUUGACUUGUUGCUGUUGAAGAAUCGGAAACAAAUUUUCCUGCAUUGGCAGGUUUUGUCUUCCCCAUAGCAAUUCGUCACAAAUUUGGUGGUUUAAGGCCUUGGGCGGAAUCCUUUUGUCUUUUCAUCCCGAAAAUUGGGGGGGAGGGGGGGAGGUGGUGACUCACCCCCGCCCCGCUGCGAUGAUUCCAGGGUUCCCUCUUAAAGGGGUUGUAAUAUGGGUGUCACUGGCCAUACACUGAAAGGUUGUCAAUGAAUUACCCUGUGUGUGGGGUUUGGGGUGGGCUGCCUGCAUACACAUGCAUCUUGCAGAGCACCCCCAUAUCCCAAUUAACCUGAGGAGCCCCAGUUCCCCCAGCUGGGGGGCUUGGAAGGCUACACGCCCAAUGCCUAAGCCAAGGUCUUCCUACAUUUGAGAGUUUAAUAAAGUUGUGGCCAAAUUUUAAUUCCAUAACAUGUUGUCAGAGUCAUUAUUCAUUUCUGGUGGUCCCUGGGGGCUGGGGCGGUCGCCGCCUGGUCACUCAAAUAAACUGCAAUGUAUUUUUGUGCUAGAGACACACAAUGCUAGGACACCCACCUGUGUUCAUGGCAGAUGGUGGUGCUCAUACUCUAUGAUGCUGGGCGAUUGCUCACAACAGCCUAGUAGUAGAUACCACAACGGGAGGUAAAUUGAAUUUUGCAGAUCUCUAGGUUCUCCAAUUUUGAUUCAAUUAUCUGGGCCCUGAGCCACCAGACAAAGUAACCUGGUCACAAGAAAUUCCUGGAUUGAGGCUUAUCUAAAGCAAUAUGAAGUUUAAGGAGAAGGAGGAGGAAGAAGAAGAAGAAAAAGAAGUUGUUGUUAAUGUGAAAUUGUGUUGUGGGAGCUAUGAUAUGGACUGAGAACUGUUAGGAAUUAUAUAGUCACCUCCAUUCAACAGCUUUCUUUGUCCUCCCUGUUAUGAGUUAUGACCCCUGUCUCUGGGGACACAAUUCUUUGAUUGCUAAGCCCUUCUUGGGGGGGGGGGAGUUGAAGUUUUUCAUGGACUGGCGGUGUCUUAUAUAGCAGAGGAUAUGCAAAUAUUGAUUCAGUCCAUUCUUUAAAACUCCCUCCCUCCUGCCCUAGACUUUGAUCUUGCAGAAAUAACCAUCGUUCCCUUGUAGCUACUAGUCUUCCCAAGGAGAAUUUCUGUGAAAACCAUCCAAUAAGAAUGAUUACUUGGAUCCAUCUCCUCUUAACUCUUUCAGCUUUCAAAGGUAAUUCCUCCCUUUUGUUGCAGUGAUAUGACUUGGACUUGCUGAGAAUGUAUUCAGGGAGAUUUGUAACUCUGUCCCUUUUCCUAGGUGUUUUGUCAGACAUUUCUCUGGUAGAAAAUGGAGGAGACCUGAAAAGGCCUGGAGAUUCUCUUCGGCUUAUGUGUACAACAUCAGGCUUCAGUAUAGCCAGCUACUGGAUGAGCUGGGUCCGUCAGGCUCCAGGAAAGGGGCUCGAGUGGGUGUCAAGGGUUUCAGGAAGUACCACAUAUUAUGGAGAUUCUGUUAAAGGCCGAUUCACAACUUCCAUGGAUAUGUCCAAUCAGUGGAUUGAUCUGCGUAUGACAGACCUGAAAGCUGAAGACACUGGAAUGUAUUUCUGUGCGAGAGAACACAGUGGUGCAGAGUGAAUCUGAGCUCUGAAAAAUACCCAUGGUGAAGCUGGCAAAGGGACAAGGUUCCCUGGAGGGUUAUUUAUGGAUCAGUCAUUGAGAUCUUGUUUGGAAACUCAGCAAAACAUCCUGUCAUUAUAGCAUUUGUAACACCCCUUUGGGACUUCUGAUCUGCUUCAGUUUUGUUUGACCAAUUUUUUAAAAAAAUCCUGCUUCUUGUCAAAAAACCUUCUGCAGUAGAAAGCAGAGUGUUCCGUGUAUUCGGGCAACUAAGGACAAUGACCUAGGAAUAAAAACCACACACACACACACACACACACACAGUAGAAAGCACAGCAGGAUGAGAGAAUAAAAAUAAAAUUUUGCCACAAGAAGCAGAUGUCUAGGAUCUCCUAUUUUGACAGAAAAGCUGCUACUGAUGCAGGAAGAAGAAAACCACAAGAAACAACUAGAUGAAGAAAUCUCUUACUAGUUCAGAGGACUUUUUGCAUGGUUUUACCCAGGGGUAGGAAACCUAAGGCCCGGGGGCCGGAUGUGGCCCAAUCGCCUUCUCAAUCCGGCCCAUGGACAGUCCAGGAAUCAGCAUGUUUUUACAUGAGUAGAAUGUGUCCAUUUAUUUAAAAUGCAUCUCUGGGUUAUUUGUGGGGCAUAGGAAUUCAUUCAUUCAUUAUUAUUUUUUUCAAAAUAUAGUCCAGCCCACCACAUGGACUGAGGGACGGUGGACCAUCCCACAGCUGUAAAAGGUUGCUGACCUCUGGUUUUACCAGUAACCCUAUUCUAUUGUGAACCCACAUUCAAUUGUGUGCGCUUGUUUCCAAAGACAGAGUAGUUCAGAGUCCUGGAUUCCAGCCAGGAUGGUAUGAUGUCCUAUCUCUGCUAAUACAUCUGUACAUUGCAGGGCAGAUGCAGGAGGAGAUGUGGACUUGAUGCUUUUGGUGCCUCAUAGAUGUGGGUGACGUUGUGAUCUAAACCACUGAGCCUCUUGGGCUUGCCGAUUGGAAGGCCAGCAGUUUGAAUCCCCACAAUGGGGGUGAGCUCCCAUUGCUCUGCCCCAGCUCCUGCCAACCUAGCAGUUCGAAAGCACACCACUGCAAGUAGAUAAAUAGGUACUGCUGCAGCGGGAAGGUAAACAGUGUUUCCGUGUGCUCUGGUUUCUAUCACAGUGUUCCGUUGCCCCAGAAGCGGUUUAGUCAUGCUGGGCACAUGACUCAGCUCCCUCAGCCUGAAGUGAGAUGAGCACCACAAUCCCAUAGCUGCCUUUGACUGGACUUAACCGUCCAGGGGUCCUUUACCUUUACCUUUCUAGUCAGAUCCUGGAGGUUUCUCCUUUAUUAGUGGCAUUUGUGCUAUCAUGCAAAUGAUUCUUAGUUUUGGACUUCAUUAAAGGAAACAGAGCAUGCAAAGCUUCUCAGCAAGAAUACAGCUCCCCUUCAGGUCCUAUGAGUUAUUGCCAACCUUUCAAGUCAUGGAAUUAACACUCUUGACCAUUUCCCUAAUGAUCUUCCCUGCAUGUAAGGAAAUUCUGCAAGCAAUUGAUUCCCUGUAUAGCCAUCUUCUUCUUAAUUCUUCCUUAUUUUUUUCCCCUCCUAUACAGGUAUUUUAUCCCAGGUUACCAUUACAGAGUCUGGUGGUGGUGUCAAGAGGCCAGGAGAGACCGUGCAACUGACUUGUACAGUGUCUGGAUUUUCUGUAGCAAGCAGUCUGAUGGAUUGGGCCCACUGGGCCCCUGGGAAAGGGCUGGUGUGGAGUGGACGAAUCUGGUCCAAUGGAAAUGUGAACUAUAACAGUGGACUCCAGAACCGUAUCACUAUCACAAGAGACACCUCAAAAAACCAGGUGUUCCUGCAACUGCGUGGCCUGAAACUGGAAGAUUCCGCCAUGUAUUACUGUGCAAGAGACACACUGAGAGAAAAU